AGCCCUGAGCAGCGCCCGGGCACCGGCACCGACUCUCUCUCGCUCCACCUGGCGGGAGCACCAGGCCUGUGUGCGGAGGGAUUGCUCCUGGACAACAUGGUUUCUGCGGUGGCCCCCGGCCUCAUCGUGUCUCUGCUGCUGCUCCUGAGGGCGCUGCCCUUGGCUGCCCACUCCGUGGCCCUGAAGGUCGCCUUCCUGGAGGACAUGGGGGGCAGCGGGGAGGCCGAGGGCUCAUCGGCCUCCUCCCCGAGCCUCCCACCAUCCCAGACCCCCGCCCUCAGCCCCACGUCGGUGGGGCCCCAGCCCACGCUCCUGGCGGGCCCCAAGCCCCCCACCAACUUCCUGGACGGCAUCGUGGACUUUUUCCGCCAGUACGUGCUGCUCAUCUCCGUGGUGGGCUCCCUGACCUUCCUGCUCAUGUUCAUCGUAUGUGCCGCUGUCAUCACCCGCCAGAAGCAUAAGGCCUCGGCCUAUUACCCGUCGUCUUUCCCCAAGAAGAAGUACGUGGACCAGAGUGACCAGGCCGGGGGUCCCCAGGCCUUCAGCGAGGUCCCAGACAGGGCUCCCGAUGGCCGGCCGGAGGACGCCCUGGAUUCCUCUCAGCAGUUGCAGGCUGACAUCCUUGCCGCCACCCAGAACCUCAAGUCUCCUGCCAGAGUGGCCCAGGCCAGUGGAAAUGGAGCCAGGAUGACGGAGGGCAAGUCAGAGGAAGAGGAGAAGGGCAGCCAGGAGGUGGACCAGGAAGCCCAGGGGUGUGGUGACCCCGUGGAGAAACCAGAAGUGCCGAAGGAGCCCUGCUCAGCAGUGGCAGAGGGGGCUGUGGUGGCCGGUGAAGGCCCAGGGGAGCCAGAAGCGGCUCCCUCAUUAGCCCAGGAAGCUGAGGGUCCAGCUGGCCCCCCCGAAAGCCCCUGUGCUUGCGGCAGUAUCACCCCCAGCGUCUAACAAGCUUCCAGGGCUGUGGCCCUGACUGUCGGAACCCUCGUGGUCCCUUCCUCGGGCGUAGAAAGGCUCUUGGUCCUUAAUGCGCCCCGAUGUCCCCUCUUCGACCACUCCCAGCUGCAAAUCCCAGCGUGUCCUGAUCCUACAGUGGGCAGAGAUACUGGUCUCCAGUCGACCCCAGGAAUCUCACCAAGUUCUAGAACCUUUGCCGCUGCUGCCGUCCCAAAGGGCUACAUUCCAAAGCGCAGCUUCCCUGGGAGGGCGGGGCUGGGGCUGUGUCCUCUUACCGCCACGCCACGUCAGUUGGGAAACAUACUUUGCAGGUCUCUUGUGACAGUGCCAACGUUGCUGCUUUUCCAUUGAGGUAGAAAAGAAAAACAAAACAACCGGGAGUUUUGGAAGAGGUUGAAAGGGAGGUGCAGAAGUGCCUGGGGUUGGUGCGGUUAGAGCUACCGCUGAAAGGGGCCUGAUUAAUCAGGAAACUUCCCGGAGCAGCCCUUGCUCAGGGUUCUGACGGGGCCGUAACUGAGCAUUUCCCAAACUGGGUUCCCUGAGGUACCCUGUGGAAAAAAGAUUUGAGAGUCCAAUGAGUUGCAGAAACACUGCGUCUCUAUUCCCCCUACUCCGCUUAGAGCACCCCAGGGCUCAGACCAGUCCCGCAGUUAAAGACCCCUGCUUCACUUAGCCUUUCCCAAACUGCUUUUGACCGUGAAGUGCCUUUUUGUUUUGCAGCUGCAGAGUAAAAUGUGGCAGAGCCCACUGUGGAAAUUACUGCUCUAAAUGUUCUCUAAGGCACACCCCUCACCCCCAUACACGCAGUCUAUGGUUGUUCUGGGGUGUGGGGUGUAGGUGUGGGGGUUUGGACCCUCUCAAGUGCUGUGUCUCAUCCAGGUAUGUGUGUGGGGAUGGAGCAAAUGAAUUGAACCUUUUUUGAAACUUGGGGCGGGGGUGGGGGGAUGGUUUCUGACGCCCGGCCUGGGCAGGGGGGCCCUGGCCCCCAGCCCUUAGAUGAUGCACGUUGUCUGGCAGCCUGUGUCCAUAGCCUUCUUUAGUCCUUGACCAGGGAGCCUGAGCUCCGUCUUAAUCUGGGGAGGUUGUGGGGGGUCCUCUUCCCCAUGCUUCCGUCUGGGCCCCUCAACCUCUGCACAACUCUCCAGGUGCUGAGACAUAACAAACCAGCACAAUAAACCUUUAUUCUGGCCUGA